AUGUUGGAAGAAGAUAUGGAGGUGGCCAUUAAAGUGGUGGUAGUAGGGAAUGGUGCUGUUGGAAAAUCAAGCAUGAUCCAGAGAUACUGCAAAGGCAUAUUUACAAAGGAUUACAAGAAGACCAUUGGAGUAGAUUUUCUGGAAAGGCAAAUUCAGAUAAAUGAUGAAGAUGUUCGGCUUAUGCUGUGGGACACAGCUGGGCAAGAAGAAUUUGAUGCAAUUACUAAAGCAUACUACAGAGGUGCCCAAGCUUGUGUGUUGGUAUUUUCUACAACAGACAGGGAAUCUUUUGAAGCAGUUCCCAACUGGAAGGAGAAAGUCAUGGCUGAAGUUGGGGACAUUCCCACAGUUCUUGUUCAGAAUAAAAUUGACCUGCUUGAUGAUACAGUUAUUAAGAACGAAGAGGCAGAAGCUCUUGCCAAGAGGUUAAAACUGCGGUUUUACAGGACAUCUGUUAAAGAAGAUCUUAAUGUUACUGAAGUUUUUAAAUAUUUGGCUGACAAGUAUUUGCAAAGGCUAAAGCAACAGACAGCAGAAGACACAGAGGUUGUACACACAAGUGGCAACAAAAUAGGGGUAUUUAACACAGCAGGUGGCAGCCACUCUGGCCCAAAGGCUGAUGCUAUGAAUGGAGGCAAUGUAAUUAGUCUAAGGCCAAACAAACAGAGGACCAAGAAGAACAAAAGUCCUUUUAGCAGUUGUAACCUGCUCUAG